AUGUUAGCUUAUAGGCUUCAAGGGAGGGUGCUGGGCUUGCCAAUGUCCAAAACUCUGAGGUUUAAUAAACCUAUAUUUAGGGUUUCAUCUCGAAGAAAUGUUGUUACUUCUACUGUAGAUUGGAAACCUAUUAAGACUGGGAGAACUCCAAAUGAGGGUAGGAAUAAAAAUGGUAUAGGGAAGAAGAUUGUUCUUGGUUUAAUGUGUGCAGUACCUAUUAUAUCCUUUUAUUUAGGUACUUGGCAGUUAAGAAGAUUAUCUUGGAAGACUAAGUUAAUUGCAGCUUGCGAGGAUAGAUUGACUUAUGAACCUACUCCUUUGCCUAAACAUUUUGAUCUAGAGAGUAGUGAACAUUGGGAAUAUAGAAAAGUUAUUAUAACGGGUAAAUUUGUUCAUGAACAAGAGAUGUUUGUUGGACCCCGUGUUAGAAAUGGUGAGAAAGGGUAUUUGCUAUUCACUCCAUUCAUUAGAGAGGAUACAGGUGAAAAACUUUUAAUUGAAAGAGGUUGGAUCAGUUCCGAUAAAGUGCUACCACAGUCAAGAACAUUACAACAUCUUUCAUUUCCACAAGGUGUCAUUGAUAUAACUUGUUUUGUACGUGUUCCUAAGAAACGUACUAGUCUGCAAUGGGACAAGGAGGAUAAAAAUUCUAGAUUAUGGCAAGUUCCUGAUGUCUAUGCCAUGGCUGCUGUUGCCGGAUGCAGCCCUGUCCAUUUUCAAAUGUUAUAUGAUUUAAAGGAUCACUAUAGACCAAUUGAUGCUGCCAAUAACGAGGCUGCAACUGGAAAAAACAAUUCUAGUGGUUGGUCAUGGAAGUUUUGGGAAUCUAAAAAGACCGCUCAAAAUGAUGAGAGAGGCACUGGAAACAGUUCUCCUUCUGGAAAAAACAUCCAACUUUUACACAGAAGCAAUACAGACGAAACUGUCGAGUUCAGUGAAAUACAAUUCGCUAAAGCUGGUGUGCCCAUUGGUAAAUUUGCUAAAAUUGACUUGAAAAAUAACCAUUUACAAUACCUUGUCACUUGGUAUGGUCUUUCAUUUUUAAGUUCAAUCUUUUUAGUGGUUGCAUUGAUUAAAUUCAAAGGUGGUAAUGCAUUAUCUCAGUCACAAUUGAAGAAAGAUAAAUUAAAAUACGCAAAGAAAUACAUGUAA